CCGGAGGAAUGAGCCAUCAUUUAAUGUCGGGUGCGUGACCUACACCCGAUAGAACAAUGUAGCCUUAAUUAAUAGAAUCGAAGUGGCACGAGAUGGUGGGUGGUGUGCAUUUAGGUGUGCUGCUCGUGCUUCUAGUACCAUCUGAAAAUGCGGUGCCACCUGCGUUUCCCAAAGAACCGCCGGUGCCGUCGCAUCCGAAAGUGCAAGAGAAAGAUUUAUACAUCGGUGCAAUAUUUCCCAUUAACGGCACCGGUGGAUGGCUCGGCGGUCAAGGGUGCCUACCAGCGGCACUCAUGGCGCUCGACGAUGUGAAUGCAAGGCCGGAUUUGUUACCUGGAUACAGCAUGAAAAUGCCUUAUUAUGACAGUCAGUGCAAUCCUGGCUUGGGCGCUAGUGUUAUGUAUGAUUUGCUGUAUAACCCUCCUCAGAAACUGAUGCUGCUUGGAGGAUGCUCUAUCGUUUGCUCUACCAUCGCAGAAGCCGCCAAGAUGUGGAAUCUUGUUGUUGUUUCUUAUGGUUCCAGUUCUCCUGCCUUAUCCAAUCGGAAGAGAUUUCCUACCUUUUUCCGUACCCACCCCUCGGCCACAAUCCACAACCCCACCAGGAUUAAACUUUUCCAGAAAUUCAAAUGGUCCAGAAUUGCAAUCAUUCAAGAAGCGGAAGAAGUCUUUAUAUCAACUGGAGAAGACUUGGAAGCGAGGUGCAAAGAAGCUGGAAUAGAAAUAGUAACUCGUCAGAGUUUCCUCACUGAUCCAACGGAUGCUGUCAGGAAUUUAGUGAGGCAAGAUGCAAGAAUUAUUGUGGGCAUGUUUUAUGGUGCAGCUGCAAGGAAAGUGCUUUGUGAGGCAUACAAGCAAAAGGUCUACGGCAAGCAGUACGUAUGGUUUCUCAUUGGCUGGUACGAAGACGACUGGUACACGGAGAUCAAAGGUCUUAAUUGCACAAUUCAGCAAAUGAAAGAAGCUGUGGAAGGUCACCUUACAACUGAAGCUCUCAUGCUAAACCAAGGAUCAAAACAAACUAUUUCUGGGAUGACUUCAGCUGACUUUCUACUUCGGUAUGAAAAGGUACUUCAUGACGAAUAUGGUUAUGAAAGAAGGCCCGUGGGGUACCAAGAAGCGCCUCUUGCAUAUGAUGCAAUCUGGGCAAUAGCUCUGGCUCUGAAUGAAACCAUAAACAAGCUGAAAACUGUCAACAAAUCCAUUGAAGACUUUACCUAUGAAGAUGAAUACAUCGCCCAACAGAUCUACUCCGCUAUGAACACUACCCAGUUUCUUGGAGUCUCGGGUUGGGUGGCUUUUUCUUCUAAAGGCGACAGAAUAGCUUGGACUCAAGUUGAGCAGAUGACAGAUGGAAAUUAUUCCUUGCUCGGUUAUUACGAUACGCAGACUGAUAAUUUAACUUGGCUGAGAAAAGAAAAAUGGGCAGAUGACAGACCUCCACCUGAUCGAACAAUCAUCGUGAAGGUCUUAAGAACUGUGUCCCUAAGUCUUUUCAUCAGCAUGACCACGGUUUCCAGUCUCGGUAUCGUAUGGGCAAUAGGACUUCUAGUUUUCAACACUAUAUUCCGUCAUUCCAGAUACAUCCAGCUAUCUCACCCCAUAUGUAAUAACAUUAUGCUAGUGGGUAUCAUAUGCUGUCUUUUGUGUGCGUGUCUGCUAGGACUGGAUGGACAGUUUGUAGGGGAAAGCAGUUUCAGCAACUUAUGUCAGGCUAGAGCUUGGCUUCUGACAAUUGGAUUUACCUUGUCUUAUGGAGCGAUGUUUUCCAAAAUAUGGCGUGUUCACAGGUUAACAACAAAGUCAAAAUCAGAAAGUAAGAAAGUGGCCAGCUGGAAACUAUAUGUGAUGGUCGGGGUUUUGUUGAUCAUGGAUGUCGUGAUUCUGUCAGCAUGGACAUUUAUCGAUCCACUGCAGCGCAAGCUGGAAGUCUUUCCUUUGGAAGAUCCGGAAGAAUCGCAGGAUAUCAAAAUUGAACCUCAGCUAGAGCACUGUGAAUCGGAAAACAAUGCUGUUUGGUUAGGUGUAAUUUACGGCUACAAGGGUCUACUGCUUAUCUUUGGUAUCUUUUUGGCUUACGAGACAAGGAGUGUGAAAGUGAAGCAGCUGAAUGACUCUAGACUUGUUGGAAUGAGCAUCUACAAUGUUGUGGUUCUGUGUCUGAUAACAGCUCCUGUAACUUUGGUAAUUAGCAGCCAGACGGAUGCGACAUUUGCUUUUGUAGCCCUUGCUAUAAUCGUUUGUUCCUUUUUGUCCAUGGCCCUCAUCUUCAUACCGAAGAUCUUGGAACUGAUUCGUCGACCUCGUGAGCGAAUCGAUGCCAGGACCUUGACAGAUACUAUUACGAGUAGAGAAGAGGAAGACCGUCAUUUGCGAUUGCAAAGAGAAAAUGAUGAAUUGCGCCGUCAGAUUUCAGAAAGGGAAGAACAGAUUCGGCAAGUGACCCAGGCCUUACAAGAGAGGAGUAAUCUACGGAGUUUACAAGUCGCGUCCACAGUCGGUUCAGGGGACAGAGUUCGAAUCACAGUCCCCGGCCAGUACACAGAUGGCGUCAUGCUGGCACCUAAAGACAACAUCAUCAACGACCCGACGUCUGAUUCGGGUUUCAUCACUGGGACAUCCAUAGCCCGCAGUUCCAGAGGGUCACGUUCGGACUUCGAGUUCUCAGAAUCUUAUUUGUGAGGACUCGGAACCCGGAUGACGUCUGAACUGAGGAUUUUGAUAGUCCCAUUUUCCAGAGAACUGCUGCCAUGUGUUGUUGACAUAGUCGUCAACUAUUUGGUUGACUUUUGUUUGUUGAGUACCUUCAAGCAUAUUUUCUAACCACGAAAUCCUUCAAAAUACCCAACACCAAAUAUUCCAAUACCUCAGUUCUAUAUAUUCAUGAGAACUGAUCUGUUCUGGGAACGCAAAAGUAUGAGAAAGUGAACUAUACAUACUAGCUGCUAACAGAAUACAAAAUGCCUAAACAGAUUUUUAAAAAAAUCUUAAUAUUUGAAAUGUCAUAAAUGCAGAUGCACAUGCCAAAAGACAAAACGAUUUCAUAUUGAAAUUCUAUGGAGAUCGAAGGCAGAUCUGUGUUUGGGGAGUAUUUAUAAACCAUCAUAUCUAACUGACAUAACUAUAAAAAAAUACGCGAGAAACACACUGCACUGAGUUAGGUGAAAUAUUUAGUACAUUUAAAUCUCAUAAACAUGUUCUUUUUGUUACGAGUUAAAAAAAAAUAUAUAUAUGUAUUGGGGUCAGACAUACCUAUGCGCAUGCUGGUGUUCCAUAUCAUAAAGUGCACUCGCAGGUUGAAAACAUAAAUAUUUUCAGAAGUGAAUCGGCAUGCUAUAAGUUUACAGUUUACUUAAGAUGUCAGAUUAUUUAUCAAGUCAUCAUCGAAUAAUUUAACGUCCUCUUUGCCCUUUUUUUUCCAAUCUUAGCAUGGCAUCGAGUAGCACAUGUCAUCUUCUAGUUUACUGCUGUGUACAACAGACAACAGGAAUUAUUUGGAGGAUAUUAAAAACCUUGAGAUAAAUACUAUCUAUAAUUCCACUAUUCAAUAUAAUCGUCUUUAUCUAGUUAUUAUGUCAGUGCUUGACAAGCACAUGAAUACCGCGGAAAAUGAUUUUCCUGGCGGAAGCACAGCCACUCAUGUACCGCGGACCGAACCUCAUCAUCAUACCGGAAUUUUGUUACACUCAAAAGUGUACCACUUUUCAUUUUUAAUGAUGAUAGGGUGUAAAAAUGCUUCACCUCCAGCCUAUGACAAGAGAGAAGCUCUUAGCAAGCAUCAACACGUUGUUCUUUCAUUUCUGGUGUCAACCUUGUGUAUCUCUCUUGCAUGUACUCUGUAUGACUUCAGUUUCUCACGAAUGGCAGGAUAUAAUGAUUCAGUAUUAAAAAUCCACUAGAGAUAUCUGCUUGAUUUCUCGUACCGUAUUUUCGACGACUGCAAUGUGAAAUGUUCUCAUUUGUUACCAAGGUGAGAUGACUUCUCAAAAUUAAAUAAUGCCGAUUUUCACCUUCUCUGUCCACUCGAUUCACACAUUUGUCAUCGUACUGAAUUUGACAAUGAACUUACGUGUGUAUUACUUUUUUCGCUUAACAAAAAUCUGGCAAUACUUCUCUUGUUUGACGCAUACUGUAAAGACAUUGCCAUCUUGUCGAACGCUGCUGUGCUAACACCAUCUACUGAGAACUGAAGGGUCAAUGUUUUGCAUACCUGACAAAGACCUCAAUUGUACGCGAAAUUAGCACAACCUCUCCAGUUUCCCACUGAACAGCCUACUAUACAUUUUUUUGCCUUUGCAAGUUUUUGAUUUGCUCUUGAUGCAUAAUUUGCCAUUAUUUAGCUUUUUUUUUUUUUUAAGCGCUAAGGUUACUCAUAGUAUUCCAGAAACAACAUAGCUUUUUUUAACAUUUAGAUUCUGAUAGCAGAUUUUUUUAAACUCGCCUUUAUUAAAAAUUAUGCUUUAUUUUACAAAUAAAAUUAUUUAAGACUAAUGCUCAUCAAAAUAGCAGCAAAAACUCAAAAGCAAGAGAAAGGUAUUGCAAGCAUACAUACGUCGAGACAUAUUUCAAGACUCCGUAUUUAAUGACCCAUUAUUUUGUACAGUUAAAAAAUGACAUUUAACUCUACUUCAACCCCAAAAUUAAUCAUACUGGUUCAGACUUAUUUAUAAUAUACAUAAUCUAUGAUGCCAUUGCUUAACUUGAAAAAUUUAUAAUUAAGAUUCCAUGUUUUCAGACAUUUCACAUUUUAUGUUUUCAACAUUCAUAUAAAUACUUCCAUAAUGUGUUAAAUAAAUUGUGAAAUGUUGUAAAAAAAUUAAUGAGAAAAGGGGAGGAGUUUAAAAAAACUGAAUUAAACAGCUGAUAAAAAACUCAAAUUUAUCAGUUCAAACAAGAUCACUUUUUUUUUACGUUCAGUCACAAAACUAAUUUGAAUACUUUUGACUCGAGAUUCAGUUAUUUCAUUUUAGCACACAGCCUGAAAAAACCCACACUGUAAUUACUGAAUUCUUUCACAGCACCAAUUCUUACUUCAGGUUCCCUGGAAUUCUAGUAUUCCCUAAAACAUCAUUAGAGAUCUUGCAUGAAAUGAUGAUGAUUAGGCUAAAUAUCUGUAAUGCCUGUAUAGAAUAUUCCUUGAAAUAUAAAUAUUUUUCUAAACUUUUGCACAGAUAAAAGUUUGAGAAACUCUGUUUAAUACUAAUAAAAACAUGCUGAUUUGACAAAAACAAUAAUAAAAAAAUACUCAAAACUAUGGCUUGCCGUUAUUGCUAACAAUCAGUUUACCACUGAAACUACUUAUUUCACAGAUGACCUAAUGCAAGUUCUGAAAGUAAUCAUGAGUAUUAUCUAUACAAAAUUAAUGUCAUCCUGGCUGAAUUUGGCGUUUACCUAAUAACGUAACUGUACGAAGUCUACAACGUACUGACAUUAGUCAAAAUACCUACUUACAUUUUUAGUGUGAACCGAAGAGAAGGUUUGAAUAUUAUAUGUACAGAUUUACAUGAUAGGAAUCGCGAAAAAUCCAAAUCAUUUAGGGGAAAAAAAGUCGCGUUGCCUACACUCAAAAAUCAUAUUCAUAGGUAAUUUUUAAGAAAAUUCUAAAUACUAAAACAUAUUAAUCUGUUUUGUCUAUAUUCCAGUGUAUUUUAAGAGUUUUUAAAAUAUAUAGUUAAAUUUUUUUUAAUGUAUGUUAUGCAUGUAAUCACUUCCAAAGUUGAUGUGUAAUUUAAAAAAAAAAAUAUGAAUAUUCACAUCUGAAGUCAUAUGUUUUAGUGUAAAUCCUAACAACUGGGCUGAAAUAUUCUACAGAACAUUAUUUGAAGAAUCAUCAAAUAUAUUUUUUAUAUUACAGUUACAUGUAACUUAUGGCAGAACAAAAUGUUUUAAAAAUAUUUUUAUUAUAUCAUUUUAAUAAUUAUCUAUUUAGACUUCAUAAAAUAAUGACCAGUGAUCAUUAUUCUAUGAAGUGAAUUUUAAAUCAAAUAAUUUCACAUAUUUAUAAAUAAUAGAAAUGAUAAAAUCGGAUUCACUGGUUUAAGCUUAAAAUGCCUUUCACUAACUAUAAAAUGAGCAGUUCGUCAAAAGUACUUGACAGCUGCAGUGAUUAUUAACUGUGAUUAAAAGGGCAUUUUGAAGGAAAGAUGUAUAUGUUAUUCAUUAUCAAACAUAAUUACUUUUCUAAUUCUCUUGGUCUUAUGUGAAUGCAUAUAAAUAUUUGUACAGAACCAUGCACAAUAAUUUUGAAUCCCUAAAAAAACAAUCAUUUAAGAGUUAGAAAAUGUUAUCAGAGAUGGAAGGAUCUUAACUCUUGAAUUUAAAAAGCUGAUGAGCAUACACUAUUCAAUGGCAUCCAUGUAGGUUGACUGCCUACUUUUAUAUGUUCUGGCUCUGAAUGGAUGUUUGGAAUUAAAUUUUAUCAGAAAAUACCGUACCAGAAAAUGUAACUGUCAUAUACUACAUACAAAAAUUUACUUCAGUGAGAUUUUAAAUCUGAUUUAUUGCAGUACAACAGGAGUGUCUAAUAAAUGGAUUGCAGAAGCUUAUUCUGUCAUUUAAAGUGCAAUUUGAAUUUUUAGUUACCUAUUAAAAAAUUUGCAUUCAGUUUGCAUAAUCUGACAGAUGGCAAAAAACACAAGUGACUUUAAAAACCGCAGGGAAAUGUUUUGCACUGCUAUAUGUUAAACAGAUAUCAACAAUUAUAUUACUGUAUGUCACUUUAUUUUUUAUAAUCUUAAUAAAUUGCUAUUUUGCUUUGUUUUUUUAUCUUUUUUGUAAUAAGUCAUUGUAAUGUUAAUGUUGAUAUCAAAAUUUUCUGUAACACUGGGCCACUUUGAAAGACAUCUGAAUAAAAGAAACAUCAAAGAGGUCAGAACAUCACAGGGUUUAAAUACCAUAAUUUUAUAUGGUUAUACUAAAUCAUUAUUUCACAGAGAUGUUCCUGAAAUUUAAAACUUGUGAGAAAACAAUAUACAGCAUGAAUGAUAUUUCAGGGGUCCAAAAUUAUUUCUUUUUGUUAUACACAUAAAAUAUAAAAGAUAGUCACAGAAAUUAACAAGUUGGCCACCCCUGUAGUACAGAAUUAAUUUUUGAUUUCUUUUGUUAUUAGUAUGUACUUUCUCCCAGUUGUAGUCGUUUCUCAAUUCUGUUUAUGUUGUGGAACUUUUGUAAUUACUUUAAUGUCACUAAGCUGUGAAUAGAUUAGUCCUUUCUUUGUCAGUAGCAAUAUUUCCUAAUCACUGACAAGGUCUUUUAUUUGCAGUAAAGUCUGCUUAAAGGUACGGCUUUAUCUCCCUGCCUUUUAGUAAAGGAAACAUACUAGGGAGGGCACAUCUUAUCAAAAGUGACUGCAGGUUAAAGAAGUUUAAAAAGUAUGAUGCAAAGGAUAACUUAGGCACAUCUCUUGAAAACUAAUGGAGUAAAAUAUAAAGUCCAUGAGACUAACAGAAUGUUCGUGCAAUGCCUCUGUUGCUUCAAAAGCUCAUUUUCUGUCCAUUUCUUUAUCUGGAAAGCAGACUUUACUAUUUUUUUUUUUUAGAAUAUUCAUUUAAAUUCUUUUAAAUAACAAAUUCGAUGUUUAAAUUCAGCAAAAUUUAAUGCUAAAUGAAUUUAAAAAUAUUUCAUCAACAAUAAAUUUUUUGGUAAUUAUACAAGAAAUUUAAGUUUGUAAAUAAUGUAUUUGUAUAUAAUGUAAAUGUAAAUACUGUAUGCAGUGCACAUUAAAUGUAUUCCUGAUGUCCUGUCAAUUA